CACUGUGCUUGUCGCUGCGGAACCCACAGAGCAGACGAAAGCACGAGGGAUACUCACUGUGGACUUCAUGGAUAAGAGAAAGGCGUAUUUUCACAAUACAAAUGGUUUUUACUACUUCUUUCCUCACAUUGUUGAAGUUCAUGGCUUGUUUUUCUGCUGGCGAUACACAUCGACGGCUGGACUACAGUUUCAUUUUUUUUAAGUAGCUAUUAAUUACUGUGGAAGCCCUUUCUAAUUUAGGACUUAUUUACAUAAACCCUCCUAAUUGUUUCUUAAUCACAUAUAUUGUCUUUUCAAAGUCACUUUAUUUGUAACCCCUGGAAUUACAGUGGAUUUUACAUCAUUAUGACUCGUUGCCGAGCCUCACGAGCGAUGUUCAACUUUCCUCUGAGAUUCUGCACACAGCUGAGGCUCAUUUAGACCGAUCAUACAUCCACGACUACCAGGCUGCUUUUAAGACACUUGUGGCGCGGAACUGCAAAUCUGUGACUUUUCAGGGGAUGGCACUACAAUAAUUUUGAGGUGCCUCUCAGACACUUCAGAAGACAUAUAAAACCCACCAAACAGACCAUGGCUGUCAAGAUGACAACGUUUAGUAACUGCACCGCGGGAGAGACUUAUUUUGAGACGCUUGGAAGGGGGAACAUCUAAACGCGACACUGUUUCUUGCUUAUAAAGACAUGAAGGUUGUGUUUAUCGUUCUGUAGACCUUAAGGAAGAUUUGUCGGUGUAAAAACACCGACCCGUUACCUUCUCCAUCCCCGACCAACUUCAGAGGAACAGAAGAUGCUGCAUCUCAGCCCAGCUGGGUUUAUGUUGUUCAUGCUUUGCAGAGUCAUCCACAGUCGGAUGCUGAUGGAAGGACUGCAGAGAUUCGGUGCCAUCCCGACGUAUCUUCCGGUCCGAUACCAGGUGCUGAACGCAGAGUCGGCUUUCUUCCUGAAAGAGGCCAACCAGGACAUUAUGAGGAACUCCAGCCUACAGGUUCGUACGGAACUUUUCUUUAUCCAAAAGGCCAGAAAGAUGCCGUCGGUCAACGCCAGUUACGGGCCGCUGUAUGUGGAACAGCCCGUGCCUGCGGAGCUUCUGGGCCCAGGACUCUUCAGUAACCCUUCAUCCAUGUCACCAUCAUCCACUUCCUCUCCACUCUUUAGUUUUAACUGGAAAGUGCAGACUUUUAUAAUCAGUGAGCGAAUCCACCCGAGUUGGCCGAAGGUUCAGGUUCUCUUCUACGUUGUGGGCCGGGACUGGGAUGACUACACUGCCCUGGACAAGUUGCCGUGUGUCAGGAUGUUUGCCUUCCAUGAAACCCAAGAGGUACGAGGCACCUGUCAUCUGAAAGGGGAACUCGGACUGUGUGUGGCUGAACUGGAGCCUCUGCCCAGCUGGUUCAGUCCCCCUAGUGUCAUACCAGGUCGACAGAGAUCUCCCGAGCUGGUUGAAGGCACUCCUGUGGAGCUGUAUUACAUGCUACAAUCCACCGACACUGGGGAAUGCAGCUCGGAGGACUCCCGCAAGACCAAUUCCAUCCGCACUGGGCAACUAGGCCCUGCUGGUUACUUUUUAGGGCCCACACCCAUGCGCAGGAUCGGCAGCGUGCGCCUAUUCCAGCCGCUCUCUGAGCUGCGUUUGGACAGUAACUUUGUGGUGAUGGUUCCUUCCAGACCCAUUAGGCAAAGGGAGACAGUGUCAGCCUUCCUAGCGGUCUCCACCCUUUCAUCAGUAGAGAUCUUCACUUUAAGGGUCAAGUUGAAGGAUGGUGUGGCAUUUCUGGGAGCGAGGGCCAGCAACCCGGUUCAGUGGACGGUUAGUCAAGACGUCAGGAGCGAGGGACACAGAGUGGUCACCCUACACUGUCGUAGGAAGGAAGCCAACUUUGGGAAAAGGGUGGAGGCCGGUUUCCAGAAAGUCCUGCAGGUGGAUCUGGAGGUCAACGGGUUGUUGGAUCCUCUGGGAAGUCGUUCAGUGACAUGGCAGAUCGAGUACCCCAUCUCCCGAACCCUUUCAGAUGAGAUCCAGACACUCAUCCGUCUGGCACCACAUGACCUCGGUGGAAUCGUGCCAUUGGCUAUGGAGACAGAGAUCCUUAACACCGCAGUGCUCACGGGGAAGACAGUUGCCAUGCCAGUGAAGGUGGUCACCGUUGGAACCGAAGGUACUGUGACCGAUGUGACAGAGUCGGUGGAAUGUCGCUCGACAGACGAGGAUGUGGUUAAGGUGUCCGAAAGGUGCGAUUAUGUGUACGUCAAUGGCAAGGAGACGCGUGGGAGAGUGAGGAUGAUGGUGAACUUCACCUACAGUUACCUCAGUGCUCAGCUUGAGGUGAGUGUAUGGAUGCCUCGACUCCCCCUGCAAAUCGAGAUGUCCGAUCCGGAGCUCAGCCAGAUCAGGAGCUGGAAAGUUCCUGUAGAUGCUAUCAACCAGAGGUCUGGAGAGGAUGACAGGGAUGAAGGAGCCAAGAAGGAUCGGAGCUGUGGUCCACAGUACCAGAGCACCACCGUCCGUGUGCUCACACACUUUGAGGCAGAGCCAGAGGAAUGGCAGGGCCAGCCAGACUUCCUCUUGGGCAGUGAUUGGCAGGUGGACGUGACAGAGUUGGUGAGAGACUCUUUAAGGGUGGCAGAUGAACGCGUGGCCAAGCUGUCAGAAGAACAGGUCCUCAUCGGCCUGAACACUGGCAUCACCAAGGUUCAGGUGAUGUCCCCAUUGUCAGACUCUGUUCUGGCUGAGAGGAUGAUCCGGGUUCUGGAUGAUAGAGUCAGUAUUACAGAGCUGGGCGUGCAGCUGGUUUCUGGCCUUUCCUUGAACCUUCAACUCAGCCCAGGAAGCAACAGGGCCAUUGUGGCCACGGCUACCACACAGGAGACAAUGCGCAGUGCUAAUCUGGAGUCCCUUGUCAGUGCUUGGCUUCAGUUCAGCGAUGGCUCCAUGACCCCUCUUGACCUCUAUAACCCUGCGCAUUUUGUCCUUACGGCCACCUCUUUGGAUGACCAGGUGGUGACAGUGAAGAAAAGCACCAACUUGAGAUGGCCAGUGGUGGUGGCUAAGGGUGAAGGUCAAGGCAUGUUGGUUCGUUUGGAGAUGUAUGGACCUGAAUCAUGCCAAAAAACCAAGCGCCGCACAGUUCUGGCCGGAGGCAACGCAAACGUCCAUGUGAAAUUUGGGCGUGAUGAAGAAACAGGAAACAGCUCAAGUGACAGGAGAUACAGGCCCAAUGCCCCAUACUACGGCGGUUCGAUCUCAGACAUGGAGGCUGGAAUCAUGAACCGAGGCGCUACCACCAUCAAAACCUCCAUUCCAGGGAAAGCAAGCGGCAACAGGCUCUCAGCUGGUGAUAUUCCAAUGGAUUUCUCCGAAUUCCCAGCUCAAGCAGACCUUCCACCUGGGCGUAACAUGGAGGAUGACCUGCUGCAGACUCGUCAUGGGCUUACGGACCUGGAAAUAGGCAUGUACGCCCUGCUAGGUGUCUUCUGCCUGGCCAUCCUGGUAUUCCUAAUUAAUUGCGUCUCCUAUGCCCUCAAGUAUCGCAACAAGCAGCUCCCACUAGAGGGCCAGGAGACCAUGGCUCAUGCCCACGACUGGGUUUGGUUAGGCCAUGACACUGAGCUUUUAGAAAGUCAGGCGGGUUUGUGUCUGGAUCAAGAGGAGCUGGGUGGCACCAUGGACUCCGGGCUGGGCCUGGAGGAAGGUAGCCAGCUCCUCAAUGGCCUUUCCUCUCAGAAGAGCGUUCAAGGCCAGGUCCAUAGGUCGGCCUCUGACUCAGGGUGCGCUGGGAGAGAUCACAAGAACGAGUCCAUAAACUCACCCACUACCAAAAGGAAACGGGUCAAGUUCACCACUUUCAGCCAUAGCAAGCCCAGCAAUGGCUGCCCAUCCAUAAGCCCGCUUCUCAUUGGUCAGAACGACAUCAAAUGGGUAUGCCCAGACAUCGAGCUUGGGGACUCCAAAGAGCUCCGAAAUUACAUGGAAAGGUUAAACGAAAAUGCUACUAAGAACAUUGCAUAGUGGGCUUGUAGUUAUUUAUGUAUUUUUCAGACAAAAGCGUAGCUCACCCAUAUGCCUUCUAGGUAAGGUGGUGGCGGGGUGGGGGGGUUGGCCUGACUCUUCUGCACUCAGACAAACUCAAAUCUCACCAUGAAAAGACAAGCCAUUCAUCUGGUCUUGUUUCCAUGGCAACUGUCAUGAGGGUUCAUCAUCAGGAACGAAGGAAAACAGAGAUGGUUGUGAAACCGCUGAGGAUGUGAGAACAUUGGAUUAUGAGAAAUGUUUCAAUUGGGAUAUCUAUAUUUUCUUUUUUCAAAGAAGAGGAUAUUCCAGUUCUAUAUUAAAAAUAUAUAUGCUUGUGUGUUUUUUUUAUUAUUAUUAUUAUUUUAUCACACUAAAGCCUGGUUGGUGGUGGUCGCUUUUUAUGAGUGAAUAUCUCAAAGAGCUGACAUUUAAACAUAUCAGAUGGGUGCUGGAAACCGAAGCAUUUCCACAUAUUGAACAUUGACGGGCUGUAUUGAUGAGUGAGAAUACAUUUUGUAAGGUUUUACAUAUUUUUAUACAUCUCUGUUCCUGUCUGUGUUAGUGCGUCUACUGCAUUUCUCCAAAGACUGACUCACAUAUGUAAAAGCAUGUGAAUUCAAAGUAUGGACGAAAAAAUUUCUAUUUUGGAACUUUUUCCACCAACAUUUUGAAUGAACAUGUAUACACUGCAGAAGACUUCUGGGAAAACAGGCAGAUAAAUGACCCUCCUCGUCUCUUUGAGAGCUGUUGAGCAAAUUGUAUUGUUGUAGGUAGUGUUAUCAAUAUUGUAUAAUAUGUUGUUUACAGUAUUAGAAUGAUAGAUGGUAUGCACUCCGAUUGCUUAUGUAUGUGUGCAAUAGCAUUUAGUUUUCUUUUUUUGUUUAAUUUUGCUUUGUUUUUUUUUUCCCAUUCUCCGUACUUUUUCCCCUUACAGUGAUUGCAGUAUAGGACAAGAGAUAUCCAAUCUACCCAAAUGACUGUUCAUCUGAGUAGCCUAAUAAUUAGGACAUAGUUAAUUGGAUUGGAUGAGUUUGGGGGUGCAAUCCUCAGGUAAUGUGAAUGAUGCAGCAGACAGAUGUGAAUACUUCAGUAAGAAAAUCACAGAACAGUUUAUAUGUGAAUAAAUUGAUUAGUCAAACACUCUAUUUUAGUUGACCAUUUUUUAAAGAACUUAAUCCAUACUCAGUUACCCUAACACAAUUUAUUUCAUAAACCAUUUUCUCUUAAGAUGUGUGUGCCGACUUAUACCUCUUCCAGGUGUGU